AUGGCUUGUGACUUUGGAAAAAGUGCUAACUCGGUUUACGACCCAAAUUCCGGCCCAUCCAUAAUUGAACCAGAUGAUGAUCACGUUGCACAGGUUUCUUUUUCAUGGUGGAACGCAGUCUUUCUAAUUUUUUUCGGAGUCAGCUCAUGGGUUGCCAUAAAUGGUUUAUGGAUGGAACUUCCAUUGCUUGUCAACGUUCUGCCUGAGGGCUGGAACCUUCCCGCAUACCUUUCUGUCAUCAUUCAACUUGCCAAUGUUGGUCCACUUUUCUACGUCCUUCUAACACGAAUUUGUCGAAAGUUUGGACGAGCUAAUAGUGGAAGCUGGUGUAUGCGUCUCAUCCAGCCUCCGGAACGCUUAGCCAAUUACAUUAUUCUCAUUAUUGGUCUAAUUGCUUCCCUUCUUCUUACCCAGUUUUGGGAUGCUGUUGCAUACCUUCCUGGUCUUCCAGAAAAUACAGUUUACGUAACUCCAGCUACUCUAGAGGCUUUACACAAUCACAGUUUGGGUCUCUUUAUAUUAACGUUUCUGUUGGGUAUGAUCGAUUGCAUGUCAAGCGUAACGUUUCUGGCGUACUUGGCCAAUAUGCCAGCUGUGUACACUGGUGCUCUUCUCUUCGGUGAAACUGCAUCGGGUCUUCUCCCCAGUCUCUACGCUCUUGGCCAGGGUGUCAACUCUGAACCUAAAUGUCUUCAGAUCCCUAAUGGGAAUGGAACCACGGAUAUUAUUCCAAUUUUUGAUCCACCAAACUUCAGUGUAUCCGUCUUCAUGAGUCUGAUCGCUGCAACCACGGGCCUGAGUCUCCUAGCCUUCUUCCUUCUUGAUUGCAUUCCAAUGGGCCUCGGUCGAUCAGUUACUCUUGCCUAUCAGCGCCAUCACUCUCUCCCUCCGAUCAAUGAGAAUGAAGAAAAUCAGUCAAAGUCAUCAGAAGCAAUGCCAUCAAAUGCCAUUGAACAAGAAGUCCAAGUUCGAACGCUAAGUCCAAAGGGUCUCUUUUGGGUUUGCUUCCUUCUCACAGGAUACUCAAGCUGUUUGACAAAUGGAUUGUUGCCUUCUCUUCAAUCUUAUUCGACUGCCUCCUAUAACACUCUGACCUUCCACUUGGCAGUCACACUGUCGGGAAUCACUGCCCCUCUUGCGGCUUUUGUGGUGACCGCUUUCUACGGGAAUGAUCAUUUGGGUUCUUUGAUACGGUCGGUUCUUUGCUGUCGAAGGAAUAGGGCUGUAAUGAUGGGUAUGGAUCCAAUGGAAGGCAGUAAUGAGGAGACUCGAGCAGCUUUGCGACGAGACGAAACGAAAAUGUCCUCAAUAAUCGGCAGUCGGUUGGCGAUCAUACUCUCAACAAUUUGUCUAAUCGGUACUGUGUUUGCUGCAUACAUCAUCUACUUGGCUGCCGCGUCGCCCUCAUCACCGAAACUUGGAGGUGCCGGUCCCGCAUUUUCGAUUAUUGCUUGGAUCCUAAUGACUGCGGCAUUCAACAUUCAGAAUACAUGGAUCAUUCUGCAUCUGGUGAAAUACGGUACCCAGCGUAAUCUGCGUACCCUGGGGAUCGCGAGUCAAAUGGGAUCUGCAAUUGGCGCUCUAAUCAGUUUUCUUGUCACUGCGGAAUUCAAACUCUUCGUCUCCAAACCUGCCUGCACUUGA